AGGCAAAUAAAAACGCAUCAUGAGUCGCCCAGCAUCCUUUCUGAGGCCCGUGGCUUUGCUCUUGGGGGUCCUCGUCCUCGUCCUUGUCUCUUCCUCUGCGGACGCCCUUUUCAGUAAACUGGCCAAAAAAAAGAAGCAACAGGAGCAACAACAUGAAGGAAAAGCGUUUACAGGCAUUGAAAGCGCGAAUAUGGGACUUGAAGCCUUCCAAGACCUUUUUGCCAAUCCCAGCGGCAUGCAGGAGCUCAUGAACAUGCAAAAAGAUCCAGAGAUCAUGCGUGAGGUAGAGGCGCUAUUGGAGGACCCAGAAUUCCAAGCUUACAUGGCCGAAUACAUGAACAGCGACGCUGUCAAGGAGUCGUUAAAAAUGGCGGAAAAGCUGGCCAAUGACCCCAAGGCCCUGGAGGCCUUCCAAUCCAAAAUGCUGGCGGCCAUGCAAGGCAAUGCGGAGGAUGGCACGGAGUCGGCACGCACGGGACUGGAGACCCUGGCCGCCUCGGUCCAAGACCCCUCAGGACUCAUGCAGGCCAUGGACAUGCUCAAGGACCCGGCGGUCGUCAAGGAGGUGGAGUCCCUGAUGGCGGAUCCGGACUUCCAGCGCGAGAUGAAGAAGAUGGCAGAAUCUCCGAUGUUUGCGGAGGCCAUGCAACAGGCCCAAGCCUUGACCGAGGAGCUGCAGAAGGACCCUGCGAAACUGGAGGUCUUCAUGAAGGACCUCGAGAGUGAGAUGGCCAAGAUGGGGGGCGCGGCGGGGCUCCCCAUGGGCAAGGCAGGGGCGGGGCGGGGCCGGGUGGAGCUGUAGAGGAAAAGAUUGACGACGGCAAGAGGGCGGGGGAGAGGGACAGGGGGGAUGGCUGGCAGACACAGGCGAGCCAGGUGAUGAGCUCACCUGCGGGGGACGCCUGGGGCGCGAAGGGGGAAUGUUGGGCGCGAGGAAAGCUCGACAGAGAAUCUGGCUGUGAGAAACCGUUAAGGGCAUGGAGGAGAAGGGGUGGAGAGGGGUCAAGGGGAAAGUUAGUUGUCCGGCUUGCAUGCAUGUGGCCAUGGGAAGAGAAGGACACGGGCUGGGCGGAUGGCUUUGCGGCUUGAGAGAAAGAAGAAACUCAGAGCAAACGGCAGGCCACAGGAAGGCAGAAAGACAUCGGAUGUUCAAGGGAAGGGGAAGUACGGUGGUGAUGAUUAUUGAGUGGAAAGAAAGUAGCGCGGGAUCGACGUUACUAGGGCAAAGUAGAGGCAAAGGGGAAGGCAGAGAAGUGGAGAAUUAAAUGGGCCGCCACCAGCCUCCCGAAACAGGGGGAGAAGCACUCAAGGAGCAUCUCGCGAGCCCAUUUCUCAAACACGAAUACGGUUCCAG